CCUAACGAUGCAUCAUCACAUUAAACAUGACUGUAUACGACGUGACAAAACUGGCGGGAGCCGCAUCUCCGCCGGACCCCAUCCCUCGGCAUCUAAGCUCGCCGGCGUCCGUCUUGUCCUGCUCUGCUCUCAUUGGAUUCAACGCACGCACGGCCCCGUAUUUUAGGGGACCCAAACCCAACUCGUCUCGUCUCGUGUUCCACUUGUUCUUGGCUCUUCGGUCUUGCCGAGUAUUGCCGUCGCCGUCUAUGGAGGUGAGGAACAGGUACGUGGCCAUCCGGCGCCACAUCGAGGGCGCCCCGGCGGAGGUCGACUUCGAGGUGAGGGAGGAGACGGCGAGGUGGUCCCCGGACUCCGGCGAGGUGCUCGUCAGGAACCUCUACCUCUCCAUCGACCCCUACCAGCUCAACCGCAUGAAGCGGAGCAGCGCCUCCCACCUCGCCGUCGACGGCAUCCUCCCCGGCCAGAGGAUCGCGGCGUACGCUGCCGGCGAGGUGGUGGCGUCGGCGAGCCCGGAGUACGCGGCGGGGGACGUGGUCGCCGGCGUGCUCGGGUGGGAGGACUACACGCUGUUCACGCCGUCCCCCGCCGUGCUCAUGUCCAAGGUCGACGCCUCCGCCUCCGCCUCCGCCGCCGCGGGCGGCUUCCCGCUGUCCCACCACAUCAGCGCGCUGGGCACCAGCGGCAUGACGGCGUACGGCGGCCUCUUCGAGGUGUGCAGGCCGGCAAAGGGGGACAAGGUGUUCGUGUCGGCGGCGUCGGGCUCCGUCGGCAGCCUCGUCGGCCAGUUCGCCAAGCUCGCCGGAUGCUACGUCGUCGGCUGCGCCGGGACCAAAGCCAAGGUUGAUCUGCUCAAAGACAAGCUGGGAUUCGACGACGCUUUCAACUACAAAGAAGAGCCCGACCUGAACGCGGCUCUCAAGAGGUACUUCCCCGACGGCAUCGACAUCUACUUCGAGAACGUGGGUGGGGAGAUGCUGGAGGCGGCGCUGGCCAACAUGAACACGCACGGCCGGGUCGCCGUCUCCGGCGUCAUCUCCGAGUACACGGGCGCCGGGCGGCGCGCGGCGCCGGACCUGAUGGAGGUGAUCUACAAGCGCAUCACCAUCCGGGGCUUCUUGGCCUGGGACUUCCUGCCCAGGUUCGCCGAGUUCAACGCCAUCAUCGGCGAGUGGAUCCGGGAGGGGAAGGUGCAGGUUGUCGAGGACGUCUCCGACGGGCUCGAGAGCGUCCCGUCCGCCUUCGCCGCGCUGUUCCAAGGCCAGAACGUCGGCAAGAAGCUCGUGAAGCUGGCGUAGAAUUGUAGAAACUAGAAGCAGGGAGGGAGGCAGCUAGCAGUGCCGGUAAUUCAGCAUCCGGAAAAGUUACAGUACAUGAAAUUUACCAGGGAGUUACAAGUGGUGCAGUUUUGGUCAGCAAACGGAUAGUAAACAUAAACAGCAGUGCAUCCUGGCAUCGUUGCGACUAGUUUUAAUUACUAAACAUAAACAGAAAGGAAAUGCCCUUUACUGUGCUGGUCAAGAGAAUAAUUAUCCUUUCGUACCGGUCUCAAA